AUGCUGGCCUCCGCAAGUUCCCAGCCUCCCAUGGACAAGCAAUGCCCCAAUGCCUACCAUCACACUGAUGCCCCGGCCUUUACAACCUCAUCCCCCCAUGGCCAAGAACCACUCCACUACAUGGUCCGGCAAGAUGAUGACUCCGGCACACUCUCAGAUUGGCCCCCCACCCUUGGCAUAUCCAAUCUCUCCGGUGCCUGGAGUCAACAAUCACCAGCCAUGGGCUCCGAGCCCAAUUGGCUCCAACGCCAGGCCUAG